CUAUAGGUCCCUACGCUAUGACUUCAUUAUUAUAGGCCGAAGAAGGAAAGACAUAGGUAUAGUUAAAUUUGCGGGCUAUAGUUUUGUGCAUAUGCAUGCAGGCGUAGGGCUUCAUUAUGCAGCUAAGACGAAGACAAAAAUAAUACUAGGGGAUGUCGAUUUGUUGCUUAAUAAUGGCCAUUGCCCACACAAGUGAUCCAAUCAUUGGUUUUAAUGACACGCUGUGCUGGGAACAGGGGAACUCUUACCAAUGAAAUUUAAAUUGCAGUGUAAUAUCGCCAUUUGCCAAUGACGGGUAGCCUCAAGAAUAUACACAAGGACAAUCAACUAAGUUUCCAAGGUUUCAUUCAAAAAUAUGUAUGGAAGUGUAUUUUUAGGGGAAUCAUGGAAUAAAUACUGUAAUAUAACUUGUCAUACACAUGAACAAAUUUCAAAUUGCAGUUAGACUGUCUUUCAAUUACUUUGGUUAUUGAAUAGGUUUACGCUUAAAUUUGAUUUUUUUUCCCUUAAGUACGUAUUUGGCAUCAUUCCAAAUGCUCCAAUUAAUUAACUCGUCUUGCAUGGAAAGAAAAAAUGGCAUCAUGGUUUUGCAAAUUUCUAGAUUAUAUCCUCAGGAAACGGAGAGGAAAAUGUCGUGCAACGUGGAAUAAAAUCAAUGGACGAGAGUUUAAGAGCGGGGGAAGAAUAAUACUACUAAGGAAAACCCUGUCGGCGAAUUUGGUAAAGCAAAAAAUUUCGGGGUUUUGAGGCACCACAUGAUUCCACGUGUAACGAAAUUAUCAGCACUGCAAUAGAAAUAGGGGGGAUCCUAUAUAUAGUGUAUUCCCACAUUCCUCUUUGGGUAUUGUGGCUCCUUCUAUUGCCCGAAGAAUCUGCCUGUCGUUGCUUUAGGUUAAAUCAAUCAAAUAGAAAGAGCAGUAAAAAGAAAAUAAACACACUCACCGAAAAGCAGAGAACAAAAAGAGAGAUAUGGAUGAGAAUAAAGCAUUGAAUUCCAGCAGGUUCAAAAGGGUUUGCGUCUUUUGCGGAAGCAGCUCCGGCAAGCGAAACUGCUACCGUGAUGCUGCCCUAGAACUGGGAAAAGUACUGGUGUCCCGGAAGUUGGAUCUUGUUUAUGGCGGAGGAAGCGUCGGGUUGAUGGGUUUGGUCUCUCAGGAGGUCCACCGUGGUGGAGGACAUGUUUUAGGUAUUAUCCCCAAAACUCUGAUGAACAAAGAGAUAACAGGGGAAACAGUAGGAGAGGUCAAAGCCGUUGCGGAUAUGCACCAAAGGAAAGCUGAGAUGGCCCGCCAUUCUGACUGUUUUAUCGCCUUACCAGGUGGAUAUGGAACUCUUGAAGAGUUACUAGAAGUCAUAACAUGGGCUCAGCUGGGAAUCCACGACAAGCCUGUUGGCUUGAUUAACGUGGAUGGCUACUAUAAUUAUCUGCUCAGCUUCUUAGACAAAGCCGUGGAUGAUGGCUUCAUUAAACCCACCCAACGUAGUAUCAUUGUCUCUGCUCCAACUGCAAGAGAACUUGUUCAAAAACUUGAGGAGUACGUGCCAAUGCAUGAUGGAGUUGUUUCUAAGGCAAGGUGGGAGGCUGAACAAUUGGAGCUCAACUCAUCUUUGCAAACUGAAAUUGCUCGUUAAUUAAAGGACGACAAAGGUCUCUCUUUCAUUUUUUUUUUAAUUAUUAUUUACGAUUUAGUGGAUCUGCAAAUGUAAGUAAGCAUUUAGGUAGGGUUUAUAUCCUUUCAAAUUUUGCUUCUACUGUAUUACUCUCAGGGAUAGAAAGGAGAAAAAUCCAUGGGAUGAAUAAUAAAUUAAUCAAAAUUCCUUGCACUGGUCCAUGGCUAUUGGUAAUUUUCAUUCAUUGCCAUAUGCUGCUUCCUUUGUAAAAGUUGCCAGGAAAUGAACACCAAGGAAAAACCAAAAAAUAAUUGAAUUAUUGAAAAACAGCUUUUUUAUUCUCUUUUCCAUGCCUGCUGCUUCUGUUCUACUGCUGUUGCAGAUACCCCAUCUCGUUUGGAUGAAAUGAUUUCAUCAUGGAGCCUUUUUUUCUUAAUUUAUUUGUUUUAUUGUGCACUGGUUCAAAAAAUUAAUGGACCCAGAAAGAAAAUUUCAGCUCGUUGUAACAGUGAAUAAUAGAGCUAAGCAGUUGUAGAUGUUCCAGUCUACCAGAAGACGGGAACUGUAGGGGGAAACAAAUUAAAAGCAGCUUGGCAAAGCCACUGUUAUAUGCAUUUAUUUUUCCUUAAAUUUUAUAUUAUCUUACUUUCGUUCA